GGAGGCACGGACUCCGUUAAUGUUACAAAUGAAAUAGAGUUUAUUGAGUCAAAGUAAAGUUUAUAUACCCUUGUCUGCCUUGUUAACAGCUAUCCCAGUAAAAUUCCAGUGCUAAAGUUUCCAUUGCUACAGAGAUAAAGAGCAAUGACUAGUGCUAGAGACGUACCCCUUACCUUCUUAUUUGUCUUUGCUAGAAACUCCUAGUUUCCCACAAGAACUGUUAGUGAUUCCAAGAUCUCAAACCAGCCAGCAAGCUUUGUGCUUCCUGCUAAUAUUGCGGGCAUGCCAAGGCAUUGACUGCUUGCUUUGGCACAAGCACAACAGUGGAAACUUUUACGCCCAUACCGAUUCAGGAACAUAGUCUUUUCUCAUCAAGUUCAAACCCAAACAUGUUUUCUCCCACACCAGCAUGUCCAGAGAAAAGCAAUGGAGCUGGUGAAGGGGGUGGAGAAUAAGUCUCACAAGGAGCAGCUGAGGGAACUGGGGUUGAUUAGCCUGGAGAAGAGGAGGCUGAGGGGAGACUUUAUCACUGUCUACAACUACCUGAAAGAAGGUUGAGGAGGUUGUAGAGAGGUGUCACCGUUGUCCACAGCUGCCCACCAGGCCUUAUGAAAAGAGUGAGAAGCCAUGCAUGCUGUCAGAGUACAUGGAGCAAUACCGCCUUUAUCCCUUUACUCUUCCCAGAGGCUCAUUUAAGCCAAAGAAAGAGUACAAGAUGGCACGAAUACCCAUGGAAGGCAUCUCAACUACAAAGAAAGAUUACGUAGCUCAUGAAGUGUUGCCACAGAAACCUAAACCACCUGCAAAGCAUGUCAAGAGCGAUGAGAUUAUGGAUUUGACCUCCACUUAUAAACAAGAUUAUAAAUCCUACCCUAUUUCUCAAGUACCUCCAUGCCUCCCACCUGUGACAAGACACAUCCCCGACACCAAGAUGAAUACAAGAACCACUUACAAAAGUGACUAUGUGCAAUGGGAUGAGCCAAAGACAGAGCCGAUCAAACUGAAUGACAGGUUUUGCCCAUCAGAAGAAAAGUUUGACUACAGAACCACUGUCCAAGAUGACUAUCUCUACAGGGGACCGGUUGUCACUGAAAGCUGCAAGCCUCUGAAUCUAGUCCAGAAAAACAAGGUUCCAUUUGAGAAUGUAACCAGUUACAGACUGAAUUAUGUGCCACAUCCUCUCGAGAAACGUUACGUCCAUCAAUAUGAGAAAUACAAGGCCACUGAAGAGCCAUUCGAGGGCUUCACUACCCACAACACUUCUUACAAGGGGCUGGCUGGUGAACCAGCCAAGCUGGCAAAACCAUACAGGGUGAAGAUUCACCAUGAUCUUCCUUUCUCCUCUACAACUGAGUUUCGGGAAAAAUAUCAAGCUUGGCCACGAUGUCCUGUAAUCACCAAAAAACCUGAUGUAUAUCAUCCUCCUCUGGAGAAAAUGGACCUUUGCACCACUACCCAGAUAGAUUACAAAUACCGAAAUGGCAAGCCAGCCAAGAUUUGUAGAUCUUUGCCCCGGCUUAAAAGUCCUGGGGCAUUCAAUAGCUCUUCUGUAAUGAAGGAAGACUAUAAGCCUUGGCUGUGCAAGAGGCCAAAACCAAUCACUCAUGCUCCACAGCUGACUUGCCCAGCAGAACCAAUGGAUUGCUUGACUACCUAUCAGACCCAUUAUGUGCCUCAUCUGCUUAGAGUUACAAAGAACUAUAAACCUGGCUGGUCCGGCCCCAAACCUCAUGCUCUGCUAGACGCUAAUACCACCUAUGCUACCAGCUACACACCAAAGGGUGUUGUCAGAUGCUUGGCCUCUUACAAAAACCCACCCGGUUACGUCUUUGAGGGAACUGAUGUUGAUGGUCACCGUCUCUAUGUCCCUGCUUCCAAGAGUGAAUGCAAAGUGGACAGUGAAGGAAUACGAAAAGUGUAAUGCCGCAUUGUUGGAAAUAGAUUCAAAGAGCAGGGCCUCAUGGAGCUACAAAUGACAGCAUGAUUUGGUUUGUAAACUUCUUUCAAACCAGUCACUGAUUCGAUAUUUGGAGACUUCUUAAAAUAAACUUACCUCCCAGGCACUGGCUUCUUCUAGAUCAUUUACUCAAAUGAAAAACAUAACAUCCAGAUAAAAGACAGCUAUUGGAUGUGAGGUUGCAAAAGAAGCCACUCUAGGCUGACAGCUUACAAGGAAGGUUUUCAGUAGAAGCUCUUUGCUGCAGGACGUAGAGGGGGCACCAGACAUGCCAAAGGCUUGAACUCAUCAUAUGUUGCUAUAGUUCAGCCAGCAGCUGGAGUCGUAUUACCUUUUGGAUAUGGAGAAUAUUAAGUUCUGAAGAGAACUGUUCAUUUCUGUGUCCAAGGUGUUUUUCUGUAGGCUUACAAGUAUUACAUUAGCACUACAAAACUUACUGGCUUCUUAAGCACAUUCUACCUUACUAAAUCCUCCUCUUACCUUACUGCUGUCAGCUUGGGCUGUUUCCCCAGUAUUUAGCUUAAGAGCUAGAUAGACCUGUUGCAUCCAAGGCUUAUGUUUUACCACCAACGUGGCUGCAUUUAAAGAGAAAGUGGAAGACAGUCUUCUAUAAAAGUUUAUUUUAAAACUUCUGAAAAGCUUGGGAACUCGUUAGGAUAGAAGUCUUCUAUAAGUGCUUGCAAGCUAAACGCAUUCCAUCUGGAAACGUGAAUGUUUGAAGUACUUAUAUCAGUCUAGAGGCCUUUUCUAAACAUAUGCCCUAGUUCAAUGAAAAAUGAUGUGCUUGCAGCAGGAACAAGUAGGAAAACCUUUACAGAUCACAGUGUUCAAGGCCAGGUAGGAUGGGGCCUUGGGCGGCCUGAUCUGGAAGGAGGUGUCCCUGCACAUGUCAGGGGGGUUGGAACUGGUUGAUCUUUAAGGUGCCUUCCAGCCCAAACCAUUCUUUGGUUCCAUGAGAAUUCUCAGCCUAUCUAGUCACUGUUCACAAAUUCAGGAGUUGGUAAAAUAUUCACUCACCUGUAGUAGACUAUGUUUGGCAUUAUUUUUCAGCUCCUCCUAUCUUAACAGACUGCUUGAACCUUCAUGCCUUUAACUCAGCUUCCAGUGGGCAGCAGUCUUGAGGAGCACAUUAGACUUACAUUCAUGAGGCCGCACAAGAAAAUACUUCUUAGUCAGUGAAAAAAUGGGUGGAAAGAGAGAGGUCAGCUGUGAUCAAUCUCCUCACCUCAUUCAUUGCUCUUUUUGAAGAAUGGCUAAUGCAUGAAUACCUAAACACUGGUCUAAGUACAAAGGCUACUGUUGAACAGUGUUUCGAAAGCCAAAACGCAAGGAUGAAAGCAAUGGGCUUUUUUUGUGGCAAGGCUUAGAAGGGCUUCCAGUGGAGCUAUACUGCGAAGCAUGCAAAAAGGAACAAGGAGGAUUUUGCUAAGCAGUGACAGAUCAAAAUUGCCACUGUCAGAGCAGGUUAAUGCACUGGUAUAAAUUGUUGCAGUCAUUGCCAAUAGAUGUCAGCUGUGCUCAGCAACCUAGACUGCAGAGCCUAUAUGGAGGGACAGCUACUUCCUUUGUCCCUGAAAACACAGAAAAGGAGAACUCACCAGCACUACUAAAUUCCAGGCAAAGCACUGUCUGUUGGGCAAGUCUUAAGCGUGGAAGCUAAACUAAGGAUACACGUCUAUACUAAAUGUUAGAAGGGUAGCAGCUUCAUGAAAACUCCUGAAUAUCUGCUCAGCCAAGAAGCAGGCAGGAUGGUGGUUCCUGCCUAUGGAAAGGCUGAGCAAAAAUACUUUAUUCCCCUGUACUCAAUGGGGUUAAAAAACUCCAAACAACACCUAAAGAAACCAAGCUAUUUGGAAUAAUGGAGGAGAUAAUUAAUCAGUUCAGUUUUGACUUGCAGGAUGUCAGCCUUUCAACCAACUGUGCCUGCAAGGACUGCAACCCACAGUGCCUCACACCUGCAGAAGACAGUCAUUCCAUCUGGAGAAGAUUUGCAGUUGGCAAUAGGUGAGAGGUCAAAAAAAAAUCGCUGUUAUAUAUUUAUGGUCUAGAAAUAUGAACAGGCAGAAAAUUUAUGAAAGUUUUACCAGUAUAAACUCUAAAACUCUCCACCUAAUGCUACAGAUUGCUAGAGAGAGCAAAAUGUAAGCACCUUAUGUGUUUCAGAGCUAUGAAGAAAGUGCUGAAAGAGAAGUGGUAUGCUUCAGCAAGGACUGAGGAUGCAAUAUUGGUCCUGGGCAUGGUACUCCAGAGACAGAACUUCAUGUACAAAAAAGCCAGCCUUCUCUUUCUGCAAGGCAAAAAUAGGAUCUCCCAGAGAGAACGAUGUUGGAAAGAGAUUUGGGCAGAGAACUGCAUCUGUGUUCACUGGGACAAGAAACUUUCAUAAUGAAUUUUCUCAGCAGAACUUGCUUUUUGUUGGUCCUGUUACAUAUCCCUCUUCUCCCUGCUAUACUACUGUCUUUCUCAGAGGAAGGUCGCCCAGACAACACCCUGGAGAUGUUUGAGGCCAGGUUGGUUGAGGCUUUGGGCAAACCGAUGUAGUGGAAGGUGUCCCUGCCAUGGCAGGGGGGUUGGAACCUGAUUAUCUUUAAGGUCCCUUCCAGCCCAAACCAUUCUAUGAUUCUAUGACUCUUCCUCUUUUCUACAUUGGAAACAUCAGUUUGACGAUUUGUGCCUCUAUUCUUGAUGUUCUGCGGAAAUACUGCUCUGGGACAGCCUGAUUUUCCCUUCUUCCAUCUGGCUGCAUGUCUGCUUCACAGAUGUUUUAGGCUGCAUUCAGCUGGGAAGGAAUAGGGUAACUCUUAAAAAGGCAAUGACGUGUUUGGCCAUCUUUCCAUGAGCUCACUAGCACUGUGCUUGCUAGUGCGGACUCCUGUCCUCACACAGACAAGAGGACUCACGUGGAACUGCUGAGUGCCUUCGCAUGGGCUCGAGAGUGCUGCUUUGCUGGGCAAGCAGGCCUCUGUUUUACUGUCUACUAAAAAAGAAAAGUGCCUGUGGGAUCCUGCCUGCACAGCUGGAUUUGAUUUGCUAUGAUUUGUAUAUAUGCUGAUAACAGUAAGAGUUUUCUUUUUGAGUAAUAAAAUCAUCAGGUUGUAUGCUAUUAGUUGAAAACUGACUCCAUCAGUAUUUCAGUCGGUGAAGUGUUUUAACAAGCAUCCACCAACUUCAUGGACUAUUUAUUUAAACCAAUACUUCAUACAUUUUUUAAAAAAGCAGCAUGUUUAAAAGGGUGGGGGGAAUUCUCCAUGAAGCCCAAAUAAAAUUACUUCUUAGCCCAACCAUUAGGCGCUUCCAUCCUGUUUCCUCACCCUGAGAGCAAGCUGUUCAUACCCUGUUCAGUGUGAUCUUUCAGGUUUUAUUAUUGUGCUUUGCCACUGACCCUAGGGAGUUUGUAAGUGAAGCAGCAGUCUACUUCACAGUAUUAGAGGGUGGAAGGUGGGAGUGGUUUCCCAUGUUCCCAUACCCAUAUAUGUCAUUCUAAGCAUAUGUGGAUUCUUAGUAUGCAAUUGUUUACAUACAGCUGCUGCUUAAGUAGACAGUAUUCAUAUGUAGCCAGAGUACAAUCCUUUGGUGGCCCCUUCCCUUUCAACCACAUAAAACUGCAUACUUUUGCUUAUAGCUACACAAACAUAAAGCUUUCCUUGCAAAGGUCUUAAAGGCUUAGGCAACACCAUUGUUUUUCCUGUUUUUCCCCUCGCCUAAGAGGUAAGCAGUGGGUUAGCAAGGAUAGAGAACUGCAACUCAAAUAAGCAGUUAUUCAUUGUUAUGGCUUACAGAGUUUUGACUUAACAGUCUCUUCUGCCCAGGCUCUGCUCAGCUGGGGCCCCAGAUGGUGCAGUCCUGCCUGCUGUGCUCCAGCCCUCUUAUAGAACCAGGGACUUAGCCAAAUGCCUGGUCUUUCAGGUGAACAGGAAAUCUGCAUAUCUGGGCAAGCACAGAGGCACCCCGUGAAAAAAGAAUGCUGCCUCUAGUGAAGGAUAAGCAUUCUUUGGUACCAGGGUUGCUUUUGUUGUGUGAGCUUAGUGGUGAUGCUGCAGUAGCUUCAUUGACAUGCUGCACAGAGGAAUUUGGCCUUUAGAAAUAACAUAUUUACAAGUAUUGUAAUCAGAAAAGGAAGUGCUGAGAAAACGCUUAUUACCUUAAAAAUCUGGACAAAUAAUAUGUUGGACUGCAUAUAACUGAAAUGUUUUAGUGAAAAUUUUAUAUAAAAAUUUGAUUAAAAUGACUAUGUAUAUGACCAGGCUUUAGAUUUGAUUCUGUUUGACUGGAGAAGAGAUGGGUAGAGAUGAUGAAAAGCAAUGUACAUGAAAAUGAUUAACCAGUAUGCUUUUAAUGCUAGAAAUGUGUAAGAACAAUAGAAAAAGGAUGUCUGAUAUUCCCUUCCCUCAUUUAUUUUUUGUGAAUUUAAGUAUUUGACAUCUUCUUCGGUUUAGUUUCCACAAUAAAAGCUGUGACAGUUAAUACAUUAACACUAUUGAUAAAUACACAUAAACCUUUAAACAAGAGGAUGAAGGUAAUAGUUAAAUCAAUGAUUACCAAACUGGUCUGCAGAUAAUAUGCAGAGCCAUAGUUAGCAUUGGCAGUUCUGAGCUUCCCAUCUGUAUACACUUGUAGUCCGUGAGAAAAUCUGACAUUCAAAAGAGUCUGAAAGCUUCUGUAUUAAAUAUUAGAUAGUUGAAUUAAUGACUUAACUUCAUUCAUUCAAUUACUAGCUGAAAUGGUCAGUGACUUGAUGACAGCUACCAUUAAGAACUUACAAGGAAUUCUAUGGUCCUUAAAAUCUGGAAGAGAGUAAUCACUUGGUUUGCCUUUUUCUACAAUAGAGGUGUCAGCUUAUGGUGAUAUAGAAUAACCAAAUAUAUUUAUGAAACAGUGUUUGGACUCCAAACAGACAAUAAGGUGAUAGUUUGCUUUUUGUUUGAUAACUUACAAAAAGGAUCAUAUCUUAAAAAGAAAAAAACACCCCUUCAAUUGCAGUCCAUAGGAUUAUGGACAGAUAGUAGGAAAAAAAUUGUCAGAUAGAGGUUACUUUGGAAAACUGCCUAUGGCUUUCAUGGUUUUAAGGACACAUAUGUAGACAUACAUGUCUGGACUAGUUUAGCUGCACUUAGCUUGCCAUGUAACAGGAGGUCGGAGUAGUUCUCCUGUGGGAACCUUUCAGUACUGCAUUUUUCUGCUUGUUGCAGAACUGUUUUGCUUCUUUGAGGAAAGUUAGUAGGGAAAACAAGCCUGAAAGCUUACCAUGAAGUUUUUGAAGGCUUUCUGACUCGACUAGUAACUAGAACCAUAUGCAUAAAAACAGAAUAAUUAUUCUCUUGAGAACUUAAGCUGGCCUGCUGUUCAUUUUACAUCAACACAGCUUCUAAGCUUGUUUUACUCAAAAUGAAUGACUGGAUUCCCACUGUCUUCAGUACCUUUGCUUAGAAAUCUUAGGUCUGGUUUCUAGCUUACAUCUCUAUGUGUGUUCACAUAAUGUGAGAGGUAUUAUUUACCUACAGAGUAGGUGUCUAAAAAGUGUAUGCAGGAAUAUCAUACCAGGGAAACUACCAAUAAAGCAGAGCAAAAUCACUCUUUGCUUUUAGAAGAGACAUUUUACCAUUUGUUGGACAAGAGCAGCAGAAGAACCAGCUUAGUUUUCAAAACUUGAUUUUGUCUUGGUUAAGAGAAAAUGCCUUUUGUUUUCCUUUCUCUUUCUCUCUCUCUCUCCCUCCCUCCUUCCUUCCCUCUCUCCCUUCCCAUAAUUCUGAUCAUUAUUGGGAUUUCCUCUCUGUGUAUACCCUUGAGUCUUCUAGUUGUUGCAAGCUUGAUUACUGAGUGAGGGCAGCAGCAACCUAUAACGAGAGACUGAAGUAAAAGGGGUUGUUUCUUGCUACAGGUUGCUGAUGAAAGUCAUAAGACAUCCUUAAACACUGUUGCACAGGAAAAAAAAAGUAGUAUACUUUCACUGAGUUCCAUGAUCCUUGGACCACCAGUGAUGGCUUUAUACUUCUGCAAGAGCAACAGAGGCAAGACAUGAGCAAAAAAGAAUAAAACAAGGCAAAUAAAGAAUUAAAACAGAUCUCCAAAACAGGGUGCAGCCUCUUAACAGCUGAAGGCCUGUAAAAAUGAGUUCAGACAU